UCUGCUUUGAGAUGAUUGUAGAUUUAGCGUUUCUGAAGGUUUGUGAUUGUUUAUGGGGGUUCAUACAUGCUCUUGAAUUCGAAUUUGAGUGCGGAUUACAAAAAUAGGAAUUCGUUUUAAAUCUAGAUUGUUAAUAUUGUUAGUUUGUUCCCGUGAAUUUGAUAGCACCGAUUUGGGAUACGUCUGUUCUCACUGAAAACAUGGAGGGCAAAAUUGACUGGCCUCUAGAACGGUCCAAGGCCUAUUUCUUAUUAUAAAAUAAAUAGGCCAAUAUAGAGUGAGCUCUGUUCAGUCCAAAUCAGAUAGUUAGGUUUUUUUUAAUAACUAUUUUUUUUAGAGAUCCUCUGCUUGGAAUGAAUUUGGAGAAAAAUGUGGCUUUAAAGUAGGAUGCAGCCCACGGUAGCAUUUCAAAUCCCAACUGUAUAUUUGGAGUGGAUCCACGUCAAGCCUCAUUUGUUUCAGAGAAGAAAAAACCCAUGUUUCUUUCUAAGAAAUGGAGAAAUCUUCUUUGCAGGUGUAAUGCUUGCACAAAAUUCUAUGUCCAAAAGGGCAUUGGCUAUCUAAUUGAUGAGGACUCAAUUGAGGAAUAUGAAAAGGUGGCAAAGUAAAAGAGGAAGGAGAAAUUGGAGCAACAGGAAGGAGUGGAGUUAAAUUUUCUCAGCAAACUUGGUCAUGUCCAAAAGAUUGAGAUUCUGAAUGGCAUUGCUGACAUGAAGAAUGAGCUCAGGUCCUUCAUUAGUGUUCCUGUGCAAGCUGGGCUAACACCACCACUGUUACAGUACUUUGGGACAUUGUUAACUAGAGGAGAACUCAAUGCCUUUGAAUCUUUGGAAUUAUCCCGCCUAGUUGUGAACCAGAAUAAAAAGAAUCUUUUGGAGAAUUGGUUGGCUGAGAACAAGCUUGAGUGUAGUGAGGAACCAGGGGAUCUUGUGAAGGUUGGUUUGGAACUUUUCCUUUCCUAGUCACUCA